AUGUCCAGACAAUUCGGUCCAAGGGACAUUGAAAACGCACUAAAGUCUCACUUCAAACACUCAGAUACGUUCUUUGAUAAGGUUAGGGCUGAAAACAGUACACAAGAGAGACAAAAAAGCAUAGAAAACGAAGCAAACUCUUUACUGAACUCCCUGAGGGAAAGAAUUGUUUAUGCACAUGAAUCUUGA